GUCGUCGUUGCUUGGAGCCGGUGCAGUGCAUUUCAGUCUCAACUCACAGUCAAAGUGAACUUAUCGGAGCAAUUCCAUUUCUAGAAUCAGUCGUGUUCUAGAGGUCGUCGCAGUUGGUUCGAUUGUCGUGUGGCACAAACAAGAAUAAAUAAAAUUCACACAAAAUUCCUUCUCACGAUUUACAUGGUGAAUCUCGUAACUUGUAUCCAUCACACGUUUUGAGUUUAUCGUUAUUUUUCUUAAGUUUUAUUUUUUUUUCUGUUGAUUCUGAAUUGAACUAAACUUAUUUUUUGAAAAUAUGGAAACUACCACCGAAAUGCAAAUAUUGGAUACCGAUACAACAAUUUCCCUUCAAUCGGCAGCAAAUCUGCUCUACGACGUUGUCGACGAUGACCAUCAGGGUGGCAAUCAAAUAACUUUUGAAAUUCCCUCCAAUGUCGAUUUGGAACGUAUUAAAAAUUUGGAUAAUUUCACAAAUCUUCUUCAUCGCAUAAGUAAUAGUGUAUUGACCGCUAGUGGUGGUGGCGGCGGAAAUAGUGGACAUAAUAGUGUUUCUUCUCAAAGCCUAUCCAAUAGUAUUGGAGGUAGUUUGGGCAAUGGUGGAAUUGGUCAUGAAGCAGUGGCAUUUAGUUCGGAUGGUCAUGUGAUUACAAAAGACCAAAUAAGUGGCAGUGUUGUGUUAAAUUUGGCCGAUUUACAAAAUUCCGGUUCGUUUUUGGAUCGAUUUUUUAAUGGGGCCGAUAUGCAUUCGAUAAUAAAUUAUUUAUGGAUUGGUGUUGUGACAUCGUUGAUAGUUUUGUCAGUGAUAUUCAUCAUAUUCUCGUGCUACUUCUAUCGGAAGUUUAGAGAAUGGAAAAAAUGCAAUAAGGACAUCCGAUCGCAUUUAAACGGUGACUUGUACCCCAAUGGAACCACAUGUGGCACAGCAGGAGGUCAAUCAGAAGCCAGUUACUAUCAAAUGGAAUCUCCACCCUGCUAUACCAUUGCCACAGGACUUCCCAGCUACGAUGAGGCAUUACACCAUCAGACACAUUUUGCAUUCGGAAUGAAGUUUCUCUAUCCAGUGUGUCCUGCUCCAAUGGUAACAGUUGCAUCAUCAGCAGCCUGGGAGAAGUCGGAACUUGCUGGAAUGAAAUCCUCCGCAUCUGACUCACCAUCUUCACUGCAGCUGCAUCAACAUUCUCAGAGAUGGCAGAAUGUGGAUAGUGUUGCAGCCACAACACUUCUACCAACAAGUCACAUUAGGAGUAUUAAGGAGUCAAGGAGCCAUCAAAUGGAUGCAGCAACAGCUUCGGUGAUGUCGAGAAAUUUUUAUCAUCACUCAAACAUUAUCAUCAGCAGCAGCAAUGAUGCUGCAUCGGGACCGGGAGAUGAAUGCAGUGAAGUUUGCAUCGACGCGUGAUCUUCAAAAAAUCAAAAUCAUGUUUUAUAUUAAAAAGAUUAUUUUUGUUUGUUAAAUUUUUCAAAAUGUCCUUAUAUUCUAUUUAUUUUUCAAAUCCUUUUUAUCUGAAAUCCGCUUGAUUCUGCUCUGAAAAUUGCACGAAAUAUUAAGUCCUUUAAAAUAUGACUUUCGAUUUUUCAACAUGUUUGUACAUUUUUCAAAUCCUCUUAAAGGACUCCUCGUAUACAUAAAACAAAGGAAUUUAUAAUGGAAUUUAGAAACAAAACUUUUAAUUUUGUAUUUUUGUUACAGAAUUUUUAAGGAUUUUUCAAGUUUCUGUUGUUUUUUAAAUGUUUUUCUAAUUUUUU